AUGCCACGAGCGCCCCGUCCACCUCACAGAGAUCUUUGUAUUCACCCGGCAGAUAUGCUUCCUACCUCUGACGAAGAUGAAGACGAAGAAGAUGAGCCCCGAGGUGGAACUCGCACUAGACGCAAAUUGCCAAUCAACAAUUUAAGCGUUGUUUGGGAGGUCUCUGUACCGCGCGAGUUUGAAGAGCUUUAUAAUUCUGAACAAGGCCACAUCAAUAUCUGGAGUGGGAUCGACAACAACUUUGAUAUCCGCGAGAAACUCCACGAUGAGUUCCGCUGGCUCAGAGUGGGGAAUAAAUCAAUAGAUAUCGAUGCAUACACCCAAGAGACUUCGGACCAUGCGCUACUCGUGAUUUACAUCAAUGACUUCUUCAGGGAUGGGAGGGACUUCGUCGUAUACAUAAAGGGCAAAAGGAACGUUAGCAACAUGCUAGCAGGUGUGUUCGCUAGAAAGGCGUUCAGCGGGCACUGUUUUGCUACACCCAUUGUAAUAAACAAUGAGGCAGAGAUCUUCAGCAAAGCAAAAGCCUUCAGUGGAUACGAGACGGUCUCGCGCUCUGAUACAAAGGGCGUCCCAUGGAAAUACUACUAUCACACGGCGCGGGCAGCAUUCGAGAAUCUUGUGUUCCGCAAGGACAGCCAUGGAGGAGGUGAAUCGGAGCAAGAGAUGGCCCAAAUCCGGGAGAAGGUCCAGAGCUUGACAGGUAUUAAAAAGUACGCAAUCAAGAAAGGCAAACAACCCGUAGUUGAGACAGAUCGUCACUUUGGAGACGGGAAAAAACCAGGCAUGGACACGGAGGAGAUUAUUCUACGUGGUUUGCAUAUGCCAGUCAAAGAAGUGGACGCCUAGUGACUCUCAACGAGGGUGGAGGAGCAUAUGGAGUCCGAU